AACUUGUGUUAAAAAAGAGAAAGAUGAUUAUCUACUGCUUUUGUUUUAUGAACGUAUAUAUUCACUUCUAAUCUUUCAGUAUCUCUAUUAAUUCAAAAUGAACGUGUCUGCGUGCCAUCAGUGUGCCUAUACAAAGAUCCAUUUAAGAUGCAUGUGACUGUCUCUCUUAUCUAACAGCAUGCUAUAAAGGAACUCUGAACUCCCAAGAUUUCUGUACUGAGAUCCAUUUUGAUAAGAAAAUAACAAACAGCACUGAAUACAGAUGUAUGUUGAUGGAAUAUGUUGUUAGAUUGGGUUAUUGAGUGAAAAUUCUCUUACUGUUGAAAGUGGCAGGUGUGAAAUGAUUAGAAAACAUUAAAAUAUCUUUAUCCUUGUGAGGGAUUAAGAUAAUCCAGUUUGCUAUGGAACUGUGCUCUGUAUAUUUGAAACUUUUCAAGGUUGUUGUGAGUAGUGCAGUCUAGAUGUUUCUGGUAACCUAGUUUGUGUUGUGUGCUUUUUCUUUUGUAGAGGGUAUAAUCUAAGUAUUUUAGAAAGCCAAGUAUAGAUGAGGAAGACGUUAAAGGAGCAUUUUUGGAUAGAUUUUGUUGGGAAGUACUGCUUGCAAUUGGUUAAAUGCAGAACCUGAUGGAUGGGAAAAGCUACUGUAAUCUCAUGGACAAGUUGUCCAUCACUGCUGACACUCAGUGCAUACAGCUGCCCCGGCCUUUCUGUGCAGACCCACUGGUCAUGUUUCACAUGUACCCAGAAACACCAAACCAGGUCGCUUGCUCUGAAGAUCUGUCAUUCCUUCCUUUCAUGUCUGAGCAUUUCAUCACAGAGAACUUCUACACUGAGCCCUGUGGCUUUUCCUACCAAAUACCCCACUGCAGUUACAACAGGAGUGAGUACUCCUAUGGGCCGGCUUUCAUCAGGAAGAGGAAUGAGAGGGAAAGGCAGAGAGUUAAAUGUGUCAAUGAAGGCUAUGCUAAAUUGAGACAUCACCUACCUAAGGAAUACUUAGAGAAACGGCUCAGCAAAGUAGAGACUCUCCGUGCAGCAAUAAAAUACAUCAGGUACCUACAGUCUGUUCUGUACAGUGAUUCCAUGGCAGCAGACAAAAAUGUCAUGGAGCCAAGCCAAGCACCUAAAGCAAUUAACAAACAAAGCCAAUUUUUGAAGGCUAUCUAAACUGUUCCAAAUCAAGGGAAAGAUAUCCUGGAUGGGAGCCUGGUAGCCACUGCUAUGUUGUUUAUGAUGUGCACCUUCCUGAAACAUCUAGGAGAUCAUAGUAUGCAUCGAUACCAGCCCACAGAAAAGCAUUUUAGUUUUGCAGGUAGUAACUGUGCUUACAGAAGCGUGACUGGAAAAUGUGGCCUCAGAUAAUUCAUGGAAAUUGGAAAGCACAUCUAAAAUAGUAACCGAACAAAAAAUACAAUACCUAUAAGUGUGAAUUAAUUCUAUGUGCCAUCACAUUCUUUGUGCUUUGAAAUAAAAUAAAGUCUUUCCA